GAGCGCUUGUUGGAGUCAACUAGACAGCCUACUGGCAACGAGUGGUGUUUUUUUUUUUUUUUUUCUGCCUCAACUAGGCUGGAUAUUCAGUGUCUGUAGUUUGCUGCAACCCAACAUGAGAUGCCUUUUGUCCAUACAGUAGGCUCUUGCAUCGUUUCUUCCCUCCGGCUGUUGGCUUCAUUUUCCAACGGAUUUUUUUUUCUUUUCCAUGGACUAUCAGGAUGUGUGCAGCCCUUUUUCCAAGUGUGCGAUACGUGGAAAUUAAUUAGUAAGUAAAAGCUUAAAGACUUGAGAAGAGGCGAAGACUAAAUCUGCUUGUCUGGAAAUAAUGAAAAAAGGUAACCAUGGACUUCAGUGAUAUGAUGAGACAUUUCUGCAAUAGCCCCCCUGCUCUUUAGGCUGAGAUAACCGGACUUAAGCUGUUGAAUAAUUUUUUUUCGACUGCAGAUCCUUUAAGCGUUUUUUCACCAGACGUGCAGUUUGAUAGCCCAAAGCUGCCAGCCUAAGAGGAAAUUUUAUCUCAACUAGCGUUAUUCCACACAGUUGAACAUAUUUCUCCAAAAUGCGGCUGGAAUAUUCUCCGGCAUCAAAGCAUUGGGGAGAAUCUGACAAGGACCUUUGAACCCCAUUAUUUCAUCUUCACGGAAGAUAGCAAUUUUGUUGGGACUUGCUCAUCGGAAUUCUCUUUUUUCCUUCUGCACUGCGAAUGUUUUUUUCUUUUUUUCUUUUUCUUUUAGCCCACUUGAACAUGGACAGUUCAUACGAAUCGUGUGUAACACCAGUUUGCUGCUUGAUGAGAGCUGCUCGUAUUUACAUCGGUAAAUCACUGUUGUGAGAAGAUUCAGCAUGUUUUCACAUAUCUGUCGUCCCCAAUGUUUCCCUCGCUGCAGUAGACCGGAGGAUGUGCUUUGCCUGAGAAGAGUACUAUAAAGCACUUACUGUAGAAUUCAGCACACCAUGCUAUAAUUUGCAGGGGACCUAUUCGUCACCAAAACAUUUUUACCGGACAUUUCAAUGAGAUGAGUAAUUUGGAACAUUUUUCCUGUUUGCUCUGACAUGCAUUCGUGUGCGUAAUAAUUCCAGAUCUGUGUUAGGCAGAGGACAACUCAACAGGUACAAUGCAAUCUAAGGAGAUGGAAUUAAUGCAAUUUAUUUUUGUGGUCCUCCUAUUCUGGGUCGGGGCUGAGGCUGUUAUCAACCUGAAAUACGGAAUAAACGAGGAGAUGAAGCCGGGGUCAGUGAUCGGAAACGUGACAAAGGACGCACAGAAGCAAGGAUUUCAGAUUGCACCGCAGCCGCCGUACUUGCGGGUUAUUUCUAAUUCAGAGCCACGAUGGGUGGAACUCAGUCCAGCCGGAAUCCUGACGACCCAAAUGAAAAUUGAUCGGGAUGUAGUUUGUCGACAGAACCCAAAGUGCAUUAUUUCCCUUGAAGUGAUGUCAAACUCUAUGGAGAUCUGUGUCAUCAAAGUUGAAAUUGAGGAUUUGAAUGAUAAUGCGCCCAGAUUUCCAACGAGCCACAUUGACAUUGAAAUUUCAGAGAAUGCUUCCCCUGGUACCAGGUUUCCCCUAGAGGGGGCAAGCGAUCCGGACUCAGGGAUCUUUGGAGUGCAGUCAUAUUCCAUCACCCCAAAUGAGCUUUUCGGGUUAGAAAUAAAGACUAGAGGGGAUGGGUCCAAAAUUGCUGAGCUUGUGGUGCAAAAAUCAUUAGACAGAGAGACCCAGUCCCACUACACUUAUGAAAUCAGCGCAGAAGAUGGAGGAGACCCUCCAAAGAUAGGCGCGGUCCAGUUGAAUAUCAAAGUAAUUGAUUCGAAUGACAACAAUCCUGUUUUCGAUGAGCCAGUGUAUACUGUUAAUGUUAUGGAGAAUUCCCCCAUCAAUACAUUAGUCAUAGACUUGAAUGCAACGGAUCCUGAUGAGGGCACAAAUGGAGAGGUUGUGUACUCGUUCAACAGUUACGUCACCGAGAAAACGAGGGAUGCGUUCAAAAUUGACCCCAGAACUGGCAUAAUUACCGUCAACGGCGUUUUGGAUUAUGAAACAACGCAAAUAUAUGAGAUCGAUGUCCAGGCUAAAGAUCUAGGUCCCAAUUCUAUCCCAGCUCACUGCAAAGUAACAGUGAAUGUGAUGGAUACGAACGAUAACCCUCCUAUUAUUAGUUUACUCUCACUGAACACAGAGAUGGUUGAAGUUAGUGAAAACGCACAGCGUGGAUAUGUCAUUGCACUAGUACGGGUAUCCGAUAAGGAUUCUGGAGCAAAUGGCAAAGUGCAGUGUAGGCUGCAGGGCAAUGUGCCGUUCAGACUGCAAGAGUAUGAGAGCUUUUCAACCAUACUUGUUGAUGGCAGGCUGGACAGAGAGCAAAGGGACACAUAUAACCUGACUAUCCAAGCAGAGGACAGUGGCAUCCCUCCUUUGCGCGCCACAAAAUCUCUGGUAGUCAAAGUCACUGAUGAAAAUGACAACCCUCCCCAUUUCCUCAAACCCCACUACCAAGAGAUGGUGAUGGAAAACAACCUGCCUGGCUCAUGUCUGCUUGCAGUGUCAGCAGAAGAUCCGGACUUGGGCAUGAAUGGCACAGUUUCAUACUCCAUAGUCCCCGGCGAGAUUAAGCACAUGGAUGUAAACACAUAUGUCAGCAUAAACCCAUCAGGCCGCAUUUACUCUAUGAGAUCAUUCGACCACGAAUACACCAGGACUUUUGAUUUCAAGGUUUUGGCCAGAGACAACGGAAACCCCUCCUUAUCAAGUAACGCAACCGUGCGUAUUGUCGUGCUGGAUGUCAACGAUAAUACACCUGUCAUGACAAACCCCCCGCUGGUGAACGGCACGGCCGAGGUCUCCAUCCCAAGAAAUGCAGGUGUGGGUUACAUGGUGACCCAAGUCAAAGCAGACGACUAUGAUGAGGGGGAGAACGGACGGCUGACCUACACAAUCUCGGAGGGGGACAGAGCUUUUUUUGAGAUCGACCAGGUGAAUGGAGAGGUGCGCUCCACCAGAAUGUUUGGGGAAAACGCCAAAUCCACCUACGAGAUAACAGUGGUGGCACGGGACCACGGCAAGCCCUCUUUGUCCGCCUCGGCCUAUAUCGUGGUGUACCUCUCCCCUGACCUGAACGCACAGGAGUCCAUUGGACCUGUCAACCUGUCUCUCAUUUUCAUCAUCGCCCUGGGCUCUAUUGCCGCGAUCUUGUUUGUCACCAUGAUUUUUGUUGCAGUCAAGUGCAAAAGGGAUAACAAGGAGAUCCGAACAUACAACUGCAGUUUCUUCUACUUGCGCAGGGUGGCGGAGUACUCAUACGGCAACCAGAAGAAGUCCAGCAAGAAGAAGAAGCUCAGCAAGAACGACAUCCGCCUGGUGCCACGUGACGUUGAGGAGACGGACAAGAUGAACGUGGUGAGUUGCUCGUCUCUCACCUCCUCGCUCAACUACUUCGACUACCACCAGCAGAGCCUGCCACUGGGCUGCAGGCGCUCCGAGAGCACCUUCCUCAACGUGGAGAACCAGAACUCACGCAAUGCAGCCCCCAACCAUGGCUAUCAGCACCCCUUCACUGGGCAGGGCCACCAGCAGCCUGACCUCAUCAUCAACGGCAUGCCACUGCCAGAGACGGAGAAUUAUUCCAUUGACUCCAGUUAUGUGAACAGCAGAGCCCACCUCAUUAAAAGCACAUCAACAUUCAAGGACCUGGAGGGGAACAGUCUGAAGGACAGCGGCCACGAGGAGAGCGACCAGACCGACAGUGAACACGACGUCCAGAGAGGUCACUAUGUGGACACAGCUGUCAAUGAUGUGCUGAAUAUGACCGUCCCCCCCAAUGUCUGCCAGCUGCCUGACCAAGACCCCAGUGAAGGCUUCCACUGCCAGGAUGAGUGUCGUAUCCUCGGCCAUUCUGACCGUUGCUGGAUGCCUCGUGUCCCGAUCCCGGCUCGUGCCAAAUCACCUGAGCACGGCCGCAAUGUCAUCGCUUUGUCUAUCGAGGCCACCACAGUGGAUGUGCCCCACUAUGAGGAUGGCACCACCAAAAGGACUUUUGCCACCUUUGGCAAGGAUGGCCCUGAGGAUGUGGAGCGGGGAGAGAUUAAAGGAAAGCGGACUCAGGAGUCUCAGGUGUGCAGCCCCAAGGCCAACGGGGGCGCUGUCCGUGAAGCUGGCAAUGGGCGUGAGGCAGCCAGCCCCAUCACUUCCCCUGUGCACCUGAAGAGCCCGGUGUCCAAGCCGUCAUCUGCCUACAACACACUGAAAUGCCGUGACGCAGAACGCAUUGCUAACCACAGCCUGCUGCGGCAGCCUGAGGGGAAGGACAGUGAGCCGGCCGUCAGGGAGAUCAACACGCUUCUCCACGAUGGCCGAGACAAGGAAUCCCCCAGCAGCAAGCGCUUGAAGGACAUUGUGCUCUAGCGAGCUUCUCUAUGACACAUACCCACAUGCAUACACACAUACAGUGUAAACUCACAUAUAUAUACCCCGCAAUAGCUGUGUGUACGCAGGAGAAAGUCAGGCCACGGAAGUAGAGAGACACACCCAUUUGCAGUAUACAAUAUCAACCAGCCCGAGCUGAAGAGAAGGAACUGUAGUAUGCUGCAGCUAGUUGUGUGCUCAAGUCGAGGUAGUGGAUGUGGCAUUGUUGUAGUCGCAGUACUUUUUCCUUGUUCGCUUUUUGUUCAGUUUCCUUUUUAUCAGUCUGCAACGAGUGGACAGGCAGGUUACUGUUGACUGCAUGGACGUAGCCAGUGGAGCUCUCCAGCUCCACGCGGCAAGCAGGACACAACUUGUUCGGGACACCUAAGGUGCCAAUUCUGAAGUACAGUUAUGCCUUUUGAACUACUUUUGUAUCACAAACUGAUAUUUGCCUUCUUUGGUUUUGCAGUUUGUUCUAGCUGCCAAAAUCGCUCUUUGUUCCUUUGUAUAGUGAGCUCCGUCAGUGUAAUAAAUGGCAACAGACAUGCACAGGAUUCAUCUCAACAAUAUCCUCAAUUUGCUCCUUCAAACAGUUUUCAGUGCACACAGGAGAAGGAAAGGGAGGCCUUUCAAACAAUCCAGUCUCAUUUCCCCCUCUCCCUGUCUAAUAAGAGAAACCUUCUCUGCAUAUCCCUGAGGACAUCCUAGUGUCAUCAGACUGUGAGGUCUUUACAGUAUUUAUGUUUUAUCACAGAUGGAGCUAAAUGAACUCUCGCUAUCUGCCCAGCCACUCUGAACACUGGAAGUGGGACAGACAGAUCCUUGUGUUCCAAUUGAGCUGUAUGAAAAAAAAAAAAAAGACUUACUGCUUUUGAAAUCUCCUGUGCCCAACUUUGAUUGUAGCCAGUGGAACACAAAUUAGAACUUUGUGCUCUGGUCUUGUACUUUUUUCUGACUUUUGACUAUGGGGCUAGGAUAGAAGGGAUCGUCACUCAUGUCUUGCUAUGUGAAACUCUGUAUAGGGUUUACUAUUAUCAUUUUUAAUAACCUGUUGUUAUGUGACAAUCCCUUUAAUGUUUUGUUUCAACAGUAAAAAAAAAAAAAAAGAAAAAAAAGAAUAAACAUUGGUGUUCAACUGAAGCUACAGUAGCGUUUGUUACACAAACACAAAAAUAAAAAAAACAUAUAUGCCAAAAUAUAUUUUAUAAAUAAUUUAAAAAUGUAUAAUGAGAAUAUUUAAUGCUGUGUAGUUAUUUUAUCAGUAAGUUAUACUUGAAAUUAACUUGCUUUUGUUAAUUUGUUUUUGGCUUUUUUUAUUGAACCUGAUUCUAUUUUAUUUUAUUUUUUCAAAAUGAACUUGGUUUAUUUUUUUGUUUACUGUGUGACCCCUGGCAACUGUUGACUUGCAGUCUACCUUGUUGUAAAGAGUUUCUUAUUGGUCAGUUCUUGUGCCAUCAAGUUUCUGUGUGGGCUAAUAGAAAAUGUAAAAAGACAAAAAAAAGACAAAAAAAAAGCAAUUUCAGCACCAACAUUAGUGUGUCAGUUCAAUGAGCUUAGAGUGAGAUAGCAAAAGAAACCAAAAAAAAAAAAAAGACGCAAACAAAACCUUAAAGAUUGCAGGAUGUUGCUUAAUCUUAGUAUCUAAGAAGGAGAAAGAGGGUUCCCGUUGUUCUUCAAGCUGGUGACAGGGUUCCACCUACUCUAUCAGUCUAAUGAGUCAGGUCCCCUAUCGGGCCUAAUCUUAUUUAACCAGACUAGUCUUUUUCAAAUUCAACGGAGAAUAUGCAGACACGCCGACAAGCUUUGCUCAGCAGUACUGUCACCCUGUGCCAUCUGCUUUCAGUUGAUCUCAAGGAUAAGUUUGAGACCAGAGUGGCACAAGCAGGGCUCUCUCCCUCCCCUAUAGGCACUACACAACAGACUGGGUGGAAUUAUGUUUGAAUAAACAAAGGUUUUGGAAGAACCGUAUUGCACAUCAGCAAUGUGGUUUUAUGUUGCUUUGCAGUAAACUAUGUACAAUGUGGAAAAUUACGAAUGAAAAAGGACAAAUUGCAUACAACAAACUAGAUCUUGUAGCUGAAUGUUUUUGCUGGUCUCACCCAUGGCUUCUGGCAACAUGAAAAUCGGAAUAAUCACUGAAUGUAUACAGCAGCUUAUAAUUAAACUAUUAAAUGUU